GCUACUCGCCUCUUUGCCCCGCCUCCUCAGACUCAGGUCUCUCUUCCGCUCGUUUCCAGGCAACAUUGGCCCCGCCCGCGAUGGCGCCUGAGGACCACGAGGGGGCCACGUCUCUGCUGCAGAGUUUCGAGCGCCGCUUCCUGGCGGCUCGCGCGCUUCCCUCAUUUCCCUGGCAGAGCCUAGAAGAGAAAUUAAGGGAGCCCUCGGGUUCUGAGCUGCUGCUGGCUAUUCUGCAAAAGACCGUGAAGCACCCUGUGUGUGUACAGCACCUGCCAUCUGUGAAGUACGCCCGCUGCUUCCUCUCAAAGCUCAUCAAAAAGCAUGAAGCUGUGCCCACAGAGCCUUUGGAUGCACUGUACGAGGCACUGGCAGAAGUUCUGAUGGCCGAAGAGUCCACCCAGUGCCACCGGAGCUACUUACUGCCUUCAGGAGACUCAGUCACACUCUCUGAGAGCACAGCCAUUGUGUCCCAUGGCACCACGGGCUUGGUUACAUGGGAUGCUGCACUCUACCUGGCAGAGUGGGCCAUCGAGAACCCUGCAGCCUUCACUGACAGGACUGUCCUGGAGCUAGGCAGUGGAGCUGGCCUCACAGGUCUGGCCAUUUGCAAGGCAUGCUGCCCCAGAGCAUUCAUCUUCAGUGACUGUCAUGGUCAAGUGCUUGAGCAGCUCCGUGGAAAUGUGCUCCUCAACGGCUUCCCCUUAGAUAUGCACACUCCCAUUGACCCAAGCGGCCCAAAGGUGACAGUGGCCGAGCUGGACUGGGACAAAGUGACAACUUCUCAGCUCUCUGCCUUCCAGGCAGAUGUUGUUAUUGCAGCAGAUGUGCUAUACUGUGGGGAAGUGACACUGUCACUGGUCAGGGUCCUGAAGAUGCUCAGCCACUGCCAGAGGAACAAUGCUCCUGAUGUCUACGUGGCCUAUACCAUUCGCAACCAAGACACCGGCAAGCUGUUCAUCAAAGAGCUGGACCGAACAGGGAUCUACUGGGAAGAGGUGCCUCCUCACGCCAGCAAACUGUUCCCUUACGAAGAGUAUUCAGCCAUCGUAAUCCUGAAGCUCGUGCUGAACGGUUGCCACAGCGUUUGAAGGUGAUUGGAAAAUGAGAUCACUGUCAUGGGAAGAGUCCACAGGAAAGCUGAAAAGGCUUUUGUUGGGCAGGACUGUUAAAUAACAAACCACAAA